CCGCUUGUCUCGCGCACGCUUGUACAGGACCGGUCUGUCGCGCUCUCGCUUGUGUUUUCAUUCCGUCUGUGUUCGGCAAUGGCUGCUCAUUCCUCUGAAGAUCCGUUCCCGUUUCACGGGCUGCUACCCAAGAAAGAGACCGGCGCUGCCUCCUUCCUCACCCGCUUUCCAGAGUACGAUGGCCGGGGGGUGCUCAUCGCGAUCCUCGACACCGGAGUGGACCCGGGGGCGCCGGGGAUGCAGAUCACAACAGACGGGAAAGCAAAGAUCGUGGACAUCAUUGAUACAACAGGCAGCGGAGAUGUGAACAUGUCCACAGUGGUUGAAGUCAAUGAAGAGACGUUGACGGGGCUAUCCGGACGAACGCUCACGAUUCCUCCCACCUGGGUCAGUCCAUCUGGAAAGUAUCACAUUGGAAUAAAGAACGGCUACGACUUUUUCCCUAAAGCUCUUAAAGAAAGAAUACAGAAAGAGCGCAAGGAGAAGCAGUGGGAUCCAGCACAAAGAGCGGCGCUCGCCGACGCCAGUCGCAGAUUAGAAGAGUUCGAUCAGAACCACUCCAACCCUUCACAGACAGAGAAACUACAGAGGGAAGAGCUACAGAGUCAUAUUGAGCUGUUGGGAGCUCUGGAGAAGAAGUACAGUGACCUGGGGCCGGUGUAUGACUGUGUGUCAUGGCACGAUGGCGUAACGUGGAGGGCUGUGGUGGACACUUCUGAAACGGGUGACUUGUCAUCCUGCACUGUCCUGAGCUCUUACAGAGAGAGACAGGAAUACUCCACACUGGGAUACGCCGAAAUGCUCAAUUACUCCAUAAACAUCUAUGAUGAAGGGAACACGCUGUGUAUCGUCACCAGUGGAGGUGCUCAUGGGACACAUGUGGCCAGUAUCGCAGCGGGUCAUUUCCCGGACGAGCCAGAGAGGAACGGAGUGGCCCCAGGAGCUCAGAUCCUGGCGAUAAAGAUCGGAGACACUCGCCUCAGCACCAUGGAGACAGGCACCGGCCUCAUAAGAGCUAUGAUUGAGGUGAUCAACUAUAAGUGUGAUCUGGUGAACUACAGUUAUGGGGAAGCCACCCAUUGGGCCAACUCAGGGAGAAUCUGUGAGGUCAUCACGGAGGCCGUACAGAAGCAUAAUGUUUUGUUUGUAUCAAGUGCUGGGAAUAACGGGCCGUGUCUGUCCACUGUGGGCUGCCCUGGAGGAACUACCAGCAGUGUGAUUGGUGUGGGUGCUUACGUCACCCCUGACAUGAUGGUGGCUGAAUACUCUCUAAGAGAGAAACUACCCCCAAACCAGUAUACGUGGUCAUCGCGAGGGCCCAGCACAGAUGGAGCUCUGGGUGUCAGUAUCAGUGCUCCAGGAGGCGCCAUCGCCUCUGUGCCCAACUGGACGCUUCGAGGCACACAGCUGAUGAACGGAACCUCCAUGUCCUCACCGAACGCCUGUGGAGGGAUCGCUCUUGUACUCUCAGGUUUGAAGCAGAAUGGAGUGCGGCCUGUGGUGCCUGCUGUGCGUAGAGCUCUAGAGAACACGGCUCUCAAAGUGGAAGACAUUGAAGUGUUUGCACAGGGCCAUGGCAUCAUUCAGGUGGAGCGUGCUUUUGACUACCUCAUGCAGCAUGACUCGCUGCCCACCAGUAGCCUCGGCUUCACGGUCACCGUAGGAACUCAUCGAGGCAUCUACCUCAGGGACCCCAUUCAAGUCGCUGCCCCCUCUGAUCACGGAGUGGGCAUCGAGCCUGUCUUUCUUGAAAACGCAGAAAACUCGUCCCGCAUCUCCCUGCAGCUGCAUCUGGCCCUCGUCUGCAACGCCACAUGGGUUCACUGCCCCUCGCACCUGGAACUGAUGAACCAGUGUCGGCACGUAAAUGUCAGAGUGGACCCUCAGGGCCUCAGAGAAGGGCUUCACUACACCGAGGUCUGCGGCUACGAUACAACUGCCCCCAACGCCGGUCCUCUCUUCAGAGUCCCUGUGACCGUUAUAAUCCCUACUCGAGUGUCUGACAGCCGCAGUCAGGAGGUCACGUUCUCAGAUGUGCAUUUCAGACCGGGACAGAUUCGUCGACAUUUUAUUACUGUCCCUCAGGGUGCUUCAUGGGCAGAGAUCACACUGACGUCUCAGACCGGAGACGUGUCGUCUAAGUUCGUCCUGCACGCGGUUCAUCUGGUGAAGCAACGAGCGUAUCGAGCCAAUGAGUUUUAUAAGUUCGCCUCACUGCUGGAGAAGGGCUCUCUGACCGAGGCCUUUCCUGUGCUGCCAGGACGGACUUUAGAACUGUGUGUUGCUCGGUGGUGGGCGAGUCUUGGUGAUGUCAACAUUGAUUAUGUCAUUUCCUUCCACGGUUUGGUGACAUCACCCUCCCCUCUUCAUAUUCAUGCUUCUGAAGGCAUCUCCAGUUUUGAGGUUUCGUCUCCGUUGAGAUAUGAGGACGUUUCCCCAACCAUCACACUUAAGAACUGGGUUCAGCCCCUCAGGCCUGUCAGUUCUAAAAUCAAACCUCUCGGUGUAAGAGAUGUUCUACCCAACAACAGACAGCUUUAUGAGAUCAUCCUCACUUACAGUUUCCACCAGCCAAAGAUUGGAGAGGUGACGCCCAGCUGUCCUCUGCUCUGUGAGUUACUGUACGAGUCUGAGUUUGACAGUCAACUCUGGCUCCUGUUUGACCAGAACAAGAGACUCAUGGGAUCUGGAGACGCCUAUCCACAUCAGUACUCGCAGAAGCUGGAGAAGGGCGACUACACCGUACGCCUGCAGGUGCGUCACGAGCAACAGAGCGAAUUAGAGCGCCUGAAAGAUCUGCCCUUCGUCGUGUCGCAUCGCCUCUCCAACACGCUCUCGCUGGACGUCUACGAGACGCACCGCGGUGCCAUGCUGUCCAAGAAGAAAGCUAACUCCAUCACGCUGAGCCCUGGAUCUUCACACUCCUUUUACAUCACCUCCCUUCCCGACGACAAGGUUCCUAAAGGAGCUGGUCCGGGUGGAUAUAUGACCGGUUCUAUGGUUCUGCCCAAGAGUGAGUUCGGCAAAAAAGCGGGUCAAGCGACAGCCAAACGACAAAGAAAAUUUAAAAAGGAUAUCGUGCCAAUCAUUUAUCACCUGAUUCCCGCUCCGAACAAAGCCAAGAAUGGAAAGGAGAAGGAGAAAGAGGGGGAGAAAGAGAAGGAGCGUGACGUGAAGGACGAAUUCUCAGAGGCUCUUAGAGAUCUGAAGAUCCAGUGGAUGACCAAGUUGGAUAGCGGUUCCCUGUAUGAGGAGCUGAAGGAGACGUUUCCCACACAUCUGCCUCUGCAUGUUCAGAGACUUCAUCAGCUGGACUCAGAGAAGGAACGUUUGAAACGAUUGGGCGACAUCAUAGCGGCUGCUGAUGUUGUGAUGUCACACAUUGACCAGACGGCGUUGGCGGUCUAUCUCACCAUGAAGACGGACCCCAGGCCGGACGCAGCCACCAUUAAGAGUGAUAUGGAGAAGCAGAAGUUGGCGUUGUUAGACGCUCUCUGCCGAAAAGGCUGCGCACUGUCCGAUCAGCUCAUGCAGUCUGCAGCGCAGGACGGCGCUGGCUCCAGCGAGGCGGGCAGCUCGGAAGAAGACCCCCAGUGCGUGGCCAAAACUCUGACGGACACCUUCUGGGAGGUGCAGAAGUGGGCGGAGCUCACAGACUCCAAGGUUUUGACGUUUUCUUACAAACACGCGCUAGCAAAUAAAAUGUACGGAAGAGCCUUGAAAUAUGCAACCAAAAUCGUGGAGGACAAACCCAGCAAAGAAAACUGGAGAAAUUGCAUGCAGUUGAUGAAGUCUCUGGGCUGGACCCACUGGGCCUCAUACGCAGAGAACGGGCUUCCCAUCAUGUACCCGUCUGACUACAUCCUAUUUUAAAUCUGUACCGUGGUAAUAAUCCUUUAUGCCACGCAGACACCUUCAACACAGGACAAAAGCCUUCAAAUGCAGAUGUUUUUUUGUUCGUUUUUAACCAGGAAGACGCCUUUUGGAAACCGUUAGAAACCUUGUAUCACAAAGCUUUUCACCAAUCCCACAAUGCCAUGCUUUGUUGUGAUCUCGGAUGUUCGGCUCACAUCAAGUUUAAUGGGAUUUUUCAUAACGCACAUCUCUGUUUCAUAGUUUCAGUGUUUGUUUUCUCAUCUGGGGAUAAACUUUCCUCUUCUGUAAUCACAUAUAUUGUUCUUCGAAAAGGACACGUGAACAAAUAAAUGCUUCAUUGUAUACACAAUAAUAACUUAAAGGCAAUAUGAUGUAAACGUUGUAGCUUUUUCUGUGGUCAAUUCUCACACCCGGCUCGUAUUUUACCGUAAAAUCAAAAGAAAGGGGAAGUUUGUUUAAGUUUUUAUUUAAGAUGUUUUCACUAAUGCCAAAACAGAUUGCUGUAAUAUAGUACAGACCUCUUGCCAUUCAACUUUAUGAAUGGAGUUCAAAGUUUGUUUGUUGACAAUAUUUUAAUCUUUCACGGUUAACAAAACAGGCUUUAUUUGUAUUUUAUAGCUUUGAGGUUUCUGUAACAAUUGAGGUGAAAUGUAGAGACAUUUACAUUGCUCUUGAGUUUUAUAUCAAUCAAAUGUAUGCAUGUUUUUUUGAAGACGAGGAUUAUGUUUCAUAGCCGUAUGUCUUGUGAUGUAGGGUUUUGUUCUUUUGUGAGAGUUCAAAGAAGAUUCACUUUUAAUUGUAUUAUUUUGGUGUGUUUUUGUGACGGAAAGAUCACAUUUAAUAGUGCGUUUAUCUUGUGUGUCUCGACACAUCAUUUACACUUCUGGUGAAAGUUUGAAGGUCUGUUAUAUCACCUCGCCUCAUGGGCGGCAUUUUCAUGCGAGGAAAGCCAGCAACUGGUUCUGUUUAAUAAUACACACCGUGUCAAAGGAACAAAUACCUCCUGACGUGAUGUCACAUCCUGUUUCUCAGCUGUGGACUUGUGCUUUAGUUUUUGAAUAUGUUGAUUUUCACCUUCGGAUUUGAUGUUCACUGCUUUUCCAGCGACGCGUUCUUAAAUAAUUGCCUUAAAUCUUUAAUCCCAUCCCACACGGAGUUUCUUCAGGAAGCUGCGUACCACAUUCUGUAUCUAACAUAUCUUCAGAUAUAUUUAUGAAUGUCUCGUGUUUAUAAAGUAUAAACUGAAAACUAGCCGAUGCCAUCAUUUUAAAGUCAUUUUAAUUUCAUUGAGAGAAUAUGUUGUUGUUUUAUAUCCAUUACUCCUCAUUUCAGAAGCAACAGCUGGUUAUUUUGAUGUCACUGUAAAUGACCUGAAUAAUGUUCAUUGACGAAGAUGAUGAAUAAAAUGAUCUGGAACC